UCCGCUGUCGUUGUCGGACCCCGGUCCCGUUCUAUAAAUCGGUACUUCGAUGUCGGUCAGUAGUCGGUAUUCUAGGUACGCCUGCAGUUUAACUUUUUUUCUGUUUAUUUUGUAAAGUAUCUCUUGUAAGAAAGUUAACACGCAUGAGCAUAAAAAGAGAAUUAAAUUAUCCAUCAAACCAUUUAAUCAAGUUACUAUAAAGGUAAGCGCUUGCGGCUAAUACAAUGGAGCUGCAGGCCCUGCUAGUACUGUGUGGGAUUGGGGUGACUGGAGCUGCAGUGCUUCUUCUCAUGGGGCUAUUCUCAGCAUCUGGAACUAGCUAUGAGGAAGCAAUAGCUCAGCAACGACGAGCAACAAAUGAACUUCUUGCACUAGCUGAAAAUAAAAAUAAAUCUAAAAAGACCAACAAAAAAGCUAAUAAGAAGUUAGCAAAGAAGGAAAAGAAAGAACAUAUCACAGCAGCGACAGGAAGUGAACCAGAAAGCGAAGCCCCAGCUGAAAGUGGAGUAGAUGAGGAUACAGUUCCUACAACGCCUCAUGUUGAAUUCAGCCCUCCUGUGGUAGUGGAACUACCGACUGACACACCACCCAACAUCAAGAUUCGCAAACGCGGCAAGGAUCCUAAAGUAAAGCCGAUAUUAAUUAACAAAGAGGAUCCGAGUUGUGUUAGCGAUCCGAGCGCGGCGGCCACGCCGGUCGCGGAGGUUUCUAACCACUUUGAGGAAAUGCACCCCAAGGACGACUUUGAAUUAUUGCACGCUACACUAGAAAAAGUCACGGAGAAGAAGGAGGAGGUAGCAGAAAAGAAGGAACAUAAAGUUUCGAAACAAGUGAAGAACGGUAAAGCAGCUCCGAAACAGAGUCAGGAUUCCGUGAAGGAGGAAAUUACACGCGAUCGACCAAACAACGGUGACGCUCCUCUCGAACAACGCAAAGUUAAAAAGUUAGAAAAGAAGGUGGCCAGCGAAACGGCAAGCGAGGAGGUGGUGCCACCACUGAACGUUCCGCAGCCGAGCGAGCUCACCACGGACAAGUUGCUGCGGAACGCGCUCCCGGCCGCCGCGCCCGCGCACCCCGCGCCCCCCGCGCCCGCCGCCCCCGCGCCCGCGCCCGCGACCUCCCCGCCCGCCAAGGGAAAGAAGAAGAAGACCGAGCAGAACAUGCUCGCGAUUAUUGGCGGCGACGGCGGCGGCGUGUCGGCGAGCGAGCUGGUGCGCGUGGUGCGCGAGGCGGCGCUGUCGCGCACCGACAUCCAGGUGCUCACCGACGCGCUGCUCAACAAGCACCACGACCAGCUGCCCGAGCACUCCGAGUGGACCGAGGGUCCAAACGAUCCAAUGCAGAAAUUAAAAAAACAGUUAGCGGAUAAAGAAAAGGCACUCGCUGAUGAAAUUGAAGCCUCUCAAGCGCUGCACGCUAAAUUGAAGGAGCUCAGGACGAACCUCAACGCGGAGCGCGGGCGCGCCUCGGCCGCCAGCCGCGCCGCCGAGCAGGCCGCCGCCGCCGCGCGCGCCGAGCUGCACACCCUGCAGGCGCGCCUGCAGCGCCUGCUCGACGACAACCACGCGCUCGCGCAGGACAAGCUCAUGCUCCAGUCCAAGCUGAGCGAGGAAAGCGAGGCGCAGGCGCAACGCGUCCAGAUGGAGAUGCACAUCCAGAGGCUAUCGGAGGCGGAGGCGGCGCUGGUGGCGCAGCUGGGCGCGCUGCAGGCGGAGGCGGGCGCGCGCGCGGUGGAGGCGGGGCAGGCGCGCUGCGACGCGGCCGCGGCGCGCGACGCGGCGCUGCUCGCGCAGCAGCACGGCGCCGAGCUGGCGCAGCAGCUGCAGGAGGCCAACCGCGUAUAUGCGGAGUUGGAGCAGCAGCGGCAGUGCGCCGUGCACGCGGAGCAGCUUGCGCAGCAGGAGCUGCGGCAGCUGCAGGCGCGCCUCGCGGGUCUUACUGAAGCUCAAAACGAGGUGCAGCGUCUCACGAGCCGCGCGCAGGCCGCAGAGAGCGCAGCAGAAAAAAUAAAAGAAGACAUGGAGAAGGAUAAGCAAGAGUUAUCAAAAGAGAUCGCACAAUUGCGAGAACAACUUGCCGCCCGUGAGACUGAGUUGGCGGAACUGAAACAACUAAAAGCAGUUCCUGCUCAAAAUGGAUUGCCUCCUACUAGCAAUACCGACGGACAAAAGGCGGCGGAGCUUGCUAAAGUUGAAAGCGUAGUCGAAGCUCUUCGAAAUGAACUUGCAUCAGCACAGAAGAGUAGCUCAGAGCAAAGAGAACAACUGGCGAGUCUGCAGGAACAACUCGCUCAGUACAGAGAGAAGAACAACGAGUUGCGAACUAAAAACUGGAAAGUAAUGGAGGCGUUACAAACAGCCGAAAAGGCUCUCGCGACGAGAGCGACGCCCGCGAUGCCGGCCCAAGACGCCGAAGCUGUGACGAGAGCCGAGGCGCAACAUUUCAAUGAAGUAGCAAAUGUCCUGCGAUCUGUAUGCCCUACAAUUGCUCCCACUUCCAAGGUGGGAAUGGAAUGGCUGCAAACUUUUGCAAACACCCUCAAAAAAGAACUCGAAGCGAAGGAAGCUGAGAAGAAACGAGUCGAACAGGACUUGGCUUCAAAACUGUUGGAAAAGGACAACGAGAGAAAGCAACUCGAAACGGUCUUGCAGAAAAAAAUACAAGAAAAAGAAUUGUUAGCAAAGGAAAUCGAAAGCAAAUUGCAACAACAAAUACAAGAGAAAGAGUUCGCUAAGAAUAGAAUUGAAAGUGAAUUACAGCAAAAGUUGAAAGAAGAAUUAACCUUCAGAAAGCAAGUAGAGAGUGAGCUGCAUAAGAAGAAAGAGGUCAAAGUAGUGAAGGAAAGAGUGGAAGUGACGGAUGAGUCGCGCGUUAAAGAUUUAGAAGCACAGAAUGAGCACUUACAGAGCCUCGUCGACAAGUACAAGAGAAUAAUUGAUGAUACCGAAGGCGUGCUGAGUCGGCUGCAGCAGAACGUGACGCGCGAGGAGCAGCGCUGGGCGCAGCAGCUCGCCGACAAGCAGCGGGACCUCGACACGCUGCGCUCCAGCACCGUGCUGCAGAUGCAGAAUAAAAUUGAUUCGCUACAGGCGGAAUUACAGAAGUUGCAAUCGAAGAAUCACAGUAACAGCUUUGCGGACGCGGAGAGACUAACGGAGGAAAGGUUAAUGGCAGGUUUAUCUGAUAAACACGAUACAGAUGUGCACAACGGACCAAUACAGGUUGGACUAGUUGAGAAUUAAAAAAUAGAAAAUGUACAAAUCUUUUCUGGAGCGCAACUCGCAACUCCGGCGCGUCAAUCGCACUCGCCUUCACUGCCGCUUAUACGAUAAGGUUUUUCGAUAAUUACCUAAAAAAUGAAACCGUAGGAUAAACUGAAAUAUUUUGUACAAUAGGCACUUUACUUUUUGUAGUAUGUGGUCUGAAAACUAACAAUUCGGUGAAGUGACCAGAUUUUUAAAUUACUGUUAAGGUGUUAGUACUGCAUUGUAAAUCUUGAUGUUUAAAAAUUAAUGCCACCUUUGUAUAAAGCUCAAUCGUCAAAAGUAUAAUUUUACUAAAUGUUUCUAAUUUAGUUCCUAACAUUUUGUUUUUUUAUAAAAUCGUCCUCAAAUAUCCAUAAAAGAAAACAUGGAACACAUGCAGUGAAUGAGUGCUAUUAAUGGAAGUGUAACAAAAUAGGUGAGUCCUGAUGAUAUCACAACUGAAAUGUUAAUAAUGUCUAUAUAAAAUCACAUAAUAUCUUCUUACAUAAUAAGAUUUCAUGUGAUAAAUAAUAAUACAUAUUACAAUAAACUAAGCUUGAGAAACCCUGUUAUGAUACUUUUAUUAAAUUAGUAAUAAUUGAAUCUUUCGGAUAUUAUUAUAUUUAAUAUUAUUAUUUACUCAGCCUGAAAAGAAAGUUUUUUCAUGAACUAUUGACCUCUAUUGAUAACAGAAAUUGGUUAGUUGCAAUAAUAAAGUUUAUUUUAUUUUUAUUGAAUUUUUGAUACAUAUUGGUUAUUAUAACUUUAACAUAAAAUUAUGAAUAUGACAUGAAAUUUAUUAUUCCUAGUAGAUGUAAAGUGUAUGUCGGUCAGGUAUUUUUAGGACUGUAUUAGUUAAAGAAUUGUAUGCAACAUUAUGUAGCUUCAACAAUCUGAUCGUGAUUUAUCAAUUUGUUGAAUGUUUCAUUAAUGCGACUCGUGAUUUAAAGAUAGUAAAACUAAUUUAAAAAGUUUCAAUAGAAUAUUUUACAAUUUAAAAAUAAGAACAAACUUAUGCAAGAAUUUAAAAUGAAAAUUGUGAUAAAAUUAUGUAGCUAUUUUUAGUUUUUUUUUUCUAAUGAUUGCAAAUCUGUAAUAAUAUUCGUCUUGAUUUUAUUGAAAUCAGUUUUAUCUUCUUUCAAUCUUUAAAUCGCGUUUCAAAAUUUAUUAUUGUGAUCAUUUAAUCAAAUUAAUGUAAGACGACGUAUAGUUAGGUAUAUAUGUAGUUAAAUUGAUAUAUAUUUUUGUCUUAUUUUAAUUAUCCUGUUGCUUUUUAAUAUAACUUUAGUAAUAUAUUUUAUAUUGAAAAAAAAUUGAAUUUGGCAGAUUCGUUUUAUUUGCAAAACUAAAUCGUGUGUGCAUUUUAUUUAUUUAAGGGAAUGUUAUUUACUAUUUAGAGGUAUAUUAUUUAUAACUUUUGUACUAGUGCAUAAUCAUUUCUGUCAGUGCCUUAGAAUAAGAUUUAAAUUUGAUAAGCUGACUGUUUAAUUUCUAGUAAUAACGAAAUAAAAUGCAUGUUAAUGGUUAAGUUAUUAUUGAAUUGUAAAUUUUUUUUAAUCUGUUGGAUAGUACACACAUCUUUAAUGACGUGGGAUGUGUUGAAUGUUGGCGUAAAUUUUAAAUGAAUAUUUGCUGCUUACGUCUAAUUUUUUGAAAGCUAAUGAUUUAAAUUUCAUGCAAAUUUUACAAAUAGCGCCAACACUAAAAAGCGUAUAUUUAUAAUAGAAUUGUCGUGUCAAAUGUCCUGAGUAUUGUAUUUGCUGUAGUAAUAACGAACUUAAUUGUAUAAGCCAAUUUAUAUGAAAAUUCAUAUACUAGAUAAAGACAUUAUCAAAUAAAAUAUUUCUAUGAUUA